GAGCACGGCAGUGACGACGAGACCCUGAUGUGGACUUCAAUUGAAGUCAGGGAGAGUUUCGCUAAGGUUCUUGUCAUUCAGUGUCUGUGACUCCGACUCCGUCACUGCGAAGGUGGCACGCACUUUUUGAACAGCGUGGUGAAUGCAAACGAGCGCCGACUACUCGUCGUUUGGAGUCCCAACGACAACGGGGCCCAAUUUACCGUCGAUUCCCUCCAUCGGACACUUCAGCCCAGAGGCCCUUCCUAGCAAUCACAUGCUCAACCUCGCCCCGAGUCCCAGGAUUUUCCAAUCGUUUCUCCCUUCGGCUAAGGUAAAUGCCGUUCCUUCCUGGUCGCUACCGAGCUCAUGAAAAGCCGAUGUUCCCAGAGUUUGCGCUAGCCAGAGGCGCACGACUGACUUGCGAAAUCGGUGACAUCAUGUACUGAAGAGUCUGGACAGCCGGAGAUGGUGAGGAUCAGGAACCGGCACCUGUACGGGACACAGAGCAAAGAACAUCAAGACGAGUCGAGAGAGGUGGCAGCAAAUUCCAACAGCAGUGCGCCGAGUGCGGGGGGAGUGUAUCAGGGGCCAAUUACAGCCGCAUUGUGAACGGUGGCAUUGAUCAAUCUUUUGGCCUACUACUUGCCCUUGGUUUCCUUGGUGAUUUACCACCAUCUACAUGGCGUUGGGGAGGUUCACGUGAGUA